AUGAACAAGGAGGCAGCCGAGGACUGUGUUGAGCGGGCGGUGAAGUACCUGGCCGAGGGGAAAAUCGAGAAAGCUGAAAAACUACUAAACAAAUCGAUUACACUCCAUCGAACGGAACGGGCAGAAGAGCUGCUUAGCAAAAUCAAAUGUGGUGCGUACGCGGAAAGCGCUACAUCCGGCAACACGUCCGACGACGGUGUGCGGCAACGAAACACUGCGAAGGGUUCUGCACCGAAGGCGGAAAGUGGCAACGAGGCGGAAUACACACCGGAACAGCUGGAUGCAGUGAAAAGGAUCAAGAAGUGUAAGGAUUACUAUGAAGUGCUGGGCGUAACGAAGGAUGCGACCGAUUCGGACAUAAAGAAAGCCUACAAGAAGCUUGCCCUCCAGUUACAUCCGGACAAGAAUCAUGCACCCGGUGCGGUGGAAGCAUUUAAAGCGAUUGGCAAUGCGGUCGCCAUCCUGACGGAUACGGAAAAACGACGUUCGUACGAUCUGUAUGGUUCGGAGGAACAUCAUCAACCGACGGCACGUAAAACGCGCUACCAGUACGAUUAUGCGUAUUCGCGCGGAUUCGAAACCGAGUUUACUGCCGAAGAACUGUUCAACAUGUUCUUCGGAGCAGAAAUUCCUACCCAGCAUGUGUACACACGCCAAAGACGGUUUCAUCGAGCCGAACAGCAGCAGUACAGGGAGCCCCAAUCAGGGAUUGCCGCGUUCAUUAACCUGCUGCCAAUCAUACUGCUUAUCGCGCUGUCUAUGAUGUCGUCGUUUUUCAUUUCGGAUCCUAUCUACAGCCUUACGCCGAGCCAAAAAUUUUCGGUCGCCCGCAAAACGAACCAGUUGAAGAUACCGUAUUACGUGAAGGACAACUUUCACUCCGAGUACCAGGGAUCGGUGGGCCGGUUGGAAGCUUCGGUUGAGGAAGAAUAUUUAAACAAUCUAAAGCAUUCCUGCUACCGAGAACGAAACUAUAAAGACACCAUGCUAAUGAAGGCACGAAACUUUGGCGACCGAGAGCUUUACCAUAAGGCGCAAAGCAUCAACACACCGUCUUGUGAUAAAUUACAAAGUUUACACAACUAGUCAAAUGCAGCCAAAUCGUGGUUUUUCUACUACGACAGCUGAGCAAU